AUGUUUUUGUUACUAGAAUUCUUUCUAAAAAUAUUUUUAAAAUCAACAACAAUUUUAAAACAAAAUUUCUAUUCCAUUCAGAUUCUCGAUUUACAUCGUAUCCCAUUCAAGGACUUUAAUGUUUUGGAGGAUGAGAAAAUACGUGAAGGAAUUAAAGAAUUUAGUGAUUGGCCGACAAUUCCUCAAGUUUAUGUAAACGGGAAAUUUGUUGGGGGAGCUGAUAUUUUUAUGCAAAUGCACAAAGAUGGCGAGAUUCACAAAUUCUUCGACGCAGAAGGUAUUCCGUCAAGAUUUUCUGACAAAUUUGAAAAAACUGAAGGCUAA